AGUAGUGAGUGUAGGGACAAUGACCUGCGUUAACCUGAAGACAGGGAGUGCGGCCGUGUAUACACUUGUUUCUGCUCUAUUCCAGAGAGUUCACCCGUAUAAAUAGACUCCGAGGAGCAACAAGCGAGAGAGGAGCAGAAAGUAACAGGUGGAGGAAGAAGUUCAGGGCAGAGUGCGUCAACCUGAAGGGCUGGAUCGACCCAGAUAGCUGAAGGGUUGAGUUCAGAAGCCGGCUUGAUGGUUAAGCGUUGUGUGCUGGUGGUGGGCGGCUGCACCAUAGCCGUCCUGGUGGUGGUCCUGGUGGUGUUCCUGGUGGUGGUGCUGUGCAAAAAAAAUAACUUCAAGGACACGUUCAUUCAGGACUGCGAGAGGAAGACUGCAGAGGGACACAGCACCUACUGUGUGAAGGUCUGGAGUGCCUUUGAGCAAGCGUACGUGGACCAUGACCCCUGUCAGGUCCCACCGCAGGCCUACGAUCACCUGCUGUCCAUCGCGCCUCCUCUGCCCAAGUACAACUGGACGUUGUUUUGGAGCGGGACCAGGGAGGUGGCCCACCAGAUGUCAGGGGGCUGCUACCAGACCCUGGAGGACACCAUGCUGGGAUCUGUGCUGGAUGGGAAGACCUGGUGUGGGAAGCAGGGGAGCAACGAAACGUUCGACUCUGGGUGUCCCAACUGGACUCAAUGUGUGAACAACCCGGUCAGAUCCUUCUGGAGCAGAGCGUCUGCUGAGUUUGCAGCGGUUGCCUGCGGAGAUGCUGCCGUCCUGCUCAACGGCUCCAGUGAUACCCCCUUCGACCCUCACUGUACUUUUGGCAGCAUCGAAGUCAAGAAUUUCACACCCGGCCUAAUGAAGAGUCUAACUGUCGUCCUGGUAACCAAGGACAACGUUGGGGCGAACUGUACGGAUGAAUCUUUAAAGAACCUACAGAAGGAACUCAAACCUGGCAUGAAGUAUAUUUGCAAGGAGAAGACAGAGUCUGAGCUCCUCACCUGCAAAAAGAACCAGGACCAAUCCUGUGUCCCCUGCUGGUGAACCGUUCAUCUGCUAGUCCUAUAAGGCUGUGUUCCAAUAGUCCUUCUAGAGCGAUUCCUGCCUAAAUCUCCAGAUGUUGCCCUCGACCACCAUGUACCUGCUGUUCCAAUAGACGUAGUAAGCUAGCAAAAGCAGCCUGAAAUAACAUUGUUGGUUACAAAUGGUUGAAAUUGUCAAAAUAUCAAUAUUUAGCCACAAUUAUUUGUUUCAAUAUGGAGCGAAUCAAACUGAAUGCAAGCUAAUGUUUCAACAUUCGUUUUUUUGGUUCACACGAAUACCGAUUUUUUUGUUUCUUCUAAAUCAUGUUGGAUUUUAUAUGAAAACUUCUUUAUAGGGCUAUCAAACGGGUAUCAAGUUAUUGCUUGUGAACAAAUAAUUGUAUUGUGUAAUGACUGCAUAAAUAAUGCUAACAACUUGAAUGACUUUAGCGGGGGGAAAAAGCCAGUAAAAAGGACGCAAGCCUUUA